UUAACAAAGGACCAAUUCCACACGGAUUUACAGAGUAUUAUACAUACACAAAUUUCUUCAUCAAUCUUUCAAAUCUCUCAUAAAUUUUCUUGAUUUCAUCAAAAUCCCAAUGGAAAAUACCGAUGAAUCGAACCCACUUUUACCCAAUCAACAAUCUGAGGUGAAAGAUGAGAAGAAACCCAAUAAACCCAUUUCUUCAACAACCCCAGUUCCACCGUUUCCGGCGGAUCCGGUGAAGCCUUUAUCGGCUGCUGUUCCGAUGGGAUGGACAGCUGAAGGGGUUCCCAUGGGUCAUGGAGUUGUGGGUGACCCGAUUAUGAAUAGGGCUCAGUGGGAUUCUGGACUUUGUGCUUGUUUUGGAAGGACUGAUGAAUUCUGCAGCAGUGAUAUUGAAGUUUGUUUACUAGGUAGCGUGGUCCCAUGCGUGCUCUACGGGAGCAAUGCUGAGAGACUUGGUUCUGCUCCAGGGACUUUUGCCAAUCACUGCUUGCCUUACACUGGCCUCUACCUGAUUGGACAAUCCUUCUUUGGCUCGAAUUGUGUGGCGCCUUGCUUUACAUAUCCCAGUCGUACAGCUAUCCGCCGAAAGUUCAAUCUCGAGGGGAGCUGUGAGGCGUUCAACAGAUCUAGUGGGUGCUGCGGGAGCUUUGUUGAGGACGAGGUGCAGCGCGAGCAAUGUGAGUCUAUUUGUGACUUUGCAACUCAUUUCUUCUGCCACCCUUGUGCUCUUUGCCAAGAAGGUCGUGAGCUUCGUCGUAGGCUUCCUCAUCCUGGCUUUAACGCCCAACAAGUGCUCGUUAAUCCCCCUAACGAGCAAACCAUGGGCCGCUAAGCAAGAUUAUCUUGAUGAGGAGUCCAAGCCAUUUCCUUCUUGUGUUUGAUUUGUAUCCAUUUUCUUAAAGCUUUUGAACGCUCGACUUUUUAAUAGUUUUGCCAGUUAUGUAAAACUUGAAGACCUAUAUGUGUUGUGUUUAUAAUGUAUAUGUGCAUAAAAGAGAUGGAUUCUGCCAAUAAUAUUUGUGUUGCUCUGGUUAACAUA